GGCCGGGGCGAUGUUCAGUCCGAGGGCUGAGGCGGCGGCGGCGCUGGACCGGAGCCUGCGGCGCCUCCUACGGGCCGGGGCCACACUCAGGUCUAAGGUGAUGAAGAACUGGGGAGUCCUUGGUGGGGUCGCUGCGGCUCUGGCAGCGGGCAUCUAUGUGCUUUGGGGUCCCAUUACCGAGAGGAAGAAGCGCCGGAAAGGGCUUGUUCCUGGCCUCCUCAACUUAGGAAACACGUGCUUCAUGAACUCCUUGCUGCAAGGCCUGUCUGCCUGUCCUACUUUUAUCAAGUGGUUGGAGGAGUUCACUGCCCAGUACCCCACGGACCAGAGAGAGAGCGAGCAGCCCCAGUACUUGUCCCUAACGCUGCUGCACCUCCUGAAAGCCUUGUCUUGCCAAGAAGUGGCCGGCAGCGAGGAUGAGGAGGAUGUCUUAGAUGCGGGCUGCCUGCUGGAGGUGCUGCGGACGUACAGGUGGCAGAUCUCCUCCUUCGAGGAGCAGGACGCACAUGAAUUAUUCCACGUUAUCACGUCAUCGCUCGAAGACGAGAGAGAUCGACACCCUCGGGUAGCACAUCUGUUCGAUGUGCAUUCUCUGGAGCAGCAGCCAGAAACAACCCUUCAGCAAAUAAGCUGCCGAAUACGAGGGGCACCUCACCCCAUGUCCAGCACCUGGAAGUCUCAGCACCCUUUCCACGGGAGGCUUACCAGUAACAUGGUCUGCAAGCACUGUGAGCACCAGAGUCCUGUGCGAUACGACACCUUCGACAGUCUUUCUUUAAGCAUCCCCGCUGCUCCGUGGGGUCGCCCACUGACCCUGGACCACUGCCUUCAUCAUUUCAUCUCAUCAGAAUCCGUCAGGGAUGUUGUGUGUGACAACUGCACCAAGAUUGAGGCAGAAGGGACCCUGAAUGGGGAAGUGGUGGAACACCAGAGAACCACGUUUGUCAAACAGUUAAAGCUUGGGAAGCUUCCUCAGUGUCUGUGCAUCCAUCUGCAAAGGCUGAGCUGGUCCAACCAGGGCACCCCUCUGAAACGCCACGAACACGUGCAGUUUAAUGAAUUCCUCAUCUUGGAUAUCUAUAAGUAUCGCCUCCCUGGCUGCGAGCCACGCCGACACAGCCCCAGACUGGAGGAGGAGGGCACGGCAGUCCCCAAACCAGCCUCUGCUCAGCCUGGCAGGACCAAAGCACUUUUUGUCAAUGGGGCUUGCUCCUCCCCAAUGCUGCUACCAACCCCAGGAAACUUUUCUCUCCCAGGUGUUCCUGACUAUAGCUCUUCGGUGUACCUCUUCCGGCUGAUGGCUGUCGUAGUCCAUCAUGGAGAUAUGCAUUCUGGUCACUUUGUGACUUACCGACGCUCUCCUCCUUCUGCGAAGAACCCUCUGUCCGCCAGCAGCCAGUGGUUGUGGGUCUCGGAUGACGCCGUUCGAAAGGCAAGCUUGCAGGAGGUCUUGUCUUCGAGCGCCUAUCUGCUCUUUUACGAGCGGGUCCUUUCAAAAGCCCCACAACACCAAAGUCAGGAAUACAAGUCUGAAGAGUGAAACCGCCGAGGGCCGGGCCGAGCAGAGUGCUCAACACUGUUCAGAACAAAACCCCUAAAUCUUCUCUGCCUACGCUAUGAAACAGCCUGACUGCAGUCCUUGGACAUUCCGGUGUGGUGGCGAUGGCGGGCGCUUCUCAGGAGCCGUCGUCUCCUGAUCCAUGCUCAAACCAAGACACUGGAAGCGGGUCUGAUCGCGGCAGGCCCUCUGGAGCAUCAGGGGGUGGGAAGCACCCGUCGUGUCUACUGGACAUCUUCAGCCCUGGCUGACACUGGGGACUGCAGAGGUCCAGAAGCCCAAGGCCGCCUCUUCACACGUGGAUUGGUAAAUUGCAAGUUUUAAGGAGAUUCACUUUGUCCAGUUCUAAAAAACUUCAGGUCCGAUCUCCCUACUCAAAAGUAGGCUUGUAGAAGCUGUGAGUGAGAACUUCCAUAGUUAUUAAAGGCAGCCAUUUCAGAGAUAAGAAGUGCCUUCCCCUUGUUUAAAUGAUUAUAGUCCAGCCAGUCACUUUUGUCAUGGGUCAUGUCCAAAACCUGUGUAGCUCAGUGAAGCUGAGAACAACCUCUUGAGAUGCCUGACUCCCUGUUUUCUUAGCAGAGGAGCCGAUGCAGCCCACUUUUGUAUGUCCUUUUCUAACAGGUCAGGUCUUUCCAUGUUGGAAGAGGGCCUGGCCAAGGCGAACCGCUGUGUCCUUUGUAACAAAAAAACUUCCUUGCUGUCUGAGCCUCGUGUGUGUGUGUGUGACCUGCACAAGGCCGGGUGUGCUUCGCACAUCCUAAGUGUCCGUGCUCUGGUUUGGUCAGCUCGUCCUAGGCUGUCCUGACAUAGGGCAGCCUGGUACGGACCUCAGAGCUGGGUCACUCACGAGGGAUGUGAAUUCAAGCUAGUCUGGUCCUGCUCCAAAGCGGAACUGGCCCCUUCUUUCAAAAGCAGCUCCAGCGGCCAUGUAGAAUAGCUGUGUUUAUCACCCAGCACCCUGUCACCGCACAUAUGUACGUACACACACACACACACACGCAAACAUCUGUAUAGUCAAUUCAUUCCCCACAUGCUCCUGUGCACAUUUUGCUCAUAAGACUAUUAUAAUAAGUACCCAUUUUAAUCAUGUUCUCAUUGCCUUUUUUCAGAGUUCUUAAGGCCAGGUACCAGACUCUAGGGCUGAAAAACUUGUUAGCUGCCUAGGGCCUGCCUGUGUUUUAUUUAAGGUUUUAAAAACUAGAUAAAGCAAGAAUCAUGUCUACACUAAAACCGCAAACUCUCCAGAGAUAAGACUUGGGCUCAGAUGCAUCCAGAAAGCCUCUCAAGUUAAGAUCUGCCAAUCUGUCUGCCCAAGAUGGUGCAUUUGUGUAAGAAUUUCCGAGUGAGGCCUUCUUUUCCAUCUUGGCUCAGCAGGGUGUGCUCUGAAGAUGCCUUGGGGUGGGGCUUGCUCAGUCCCAGCUCACAGGCCUGAAUGAUUCCCUGCACUUUGCUGCUCGCUUCAGCUCAUUCCUUCACCCCGUUGGUUUUGACCCUGAAAUGAAUGGAUCUGCUCUUGCCCCAGGCCAGAGAAGCAAGCACGGGACAGAUCUAGGCUGCGUCCUUGAGUUAGCACUUGCUGAAAUGCUGCAGAUUUCCUUCAGAGAGACGUGAACAGGGAGGUUUUUAAGUGGCAUCUCUCUGCAGGUCAGAAGAGAGGCUUAGCCCAAGGUAGAUAACUGUGAAAGACGUUUGCAGAGAGAAAAACCAUUAACUAUGUUCUGUAAAAUGUGACAGUUCUCUAAUUUAUUAGCAAUUAUUACCCGAAAGCCAGAUGACUGAUUUUUGAGGUUGGGGUAAAUGAUUAAUUUAGUUCCUCAUGGCAAAACUGAAGUUUAAUGAGUAGUUUCCAGUACAAACCACUGGUUUUGUGCCUCUGCUAAGAGCAUCUGUUUUUGUACCUGCUGUGUGGAUUAUGGCAAUAAAGACUCUUUAUUAAAAAGGUAAAUUGGCAGUGGUUUUGCAGCUUACGUUUCAUUGCAAAGACAAAAGUCUGUAAGACAGUCUUCAACAAAUCAACAUGUGCUGUUUUAUCCUCUUUAAAUUUUGCAUUCUGGGUGACUACCGUGCUUUGUUUCCCAUGCUGCUGCUGUCUGAAAUGCCAACUAGCCCCUCCUUGACAGAGAACCAUAAGGAAAAUUGAUUUUUCUAUCAAAAAAAAACAAGGCUUAAUGAGAGUGAAGAAAAGCAUUUAUCUUUUAGAAAGCAGAAUCUUAC